UGCAAGGCACGGCGAGAGUGCUUUCUAGUUGUAGAGAGAGGGAGAAGACGAACAAGAAGAACAUGGCCGAUGUUCCAAGAAAGUAAGAAAAAAGAGAAAGAAACAUCACCACAAAGAUAACCCCCCCUCUCUCUCUCUGUUGCUUCUCUCCAACUCCAAUUUCUGUUCCGAUCUUGCGUCUAAAACCCUAGCUCUACUUCACUUUCUUUCUCUUGAAGAUUCUGAAGAUCCUAUUUAUAAUCUCCGAUUCGGAGGGAAUUUAUAAUUUAUGUUUGAAUUUGGUUCGUUUGUGGGAAUCGGAGCUUUGAUGGUGGAAGUUUGAGCUUUCGAUUAUAAUUACGCUUCCAGAAUUUAUUUUUAUUUUUAUUUUAUUUUUGUGUGUGGAGAGUUUUGAAAUGGCGGAGGAAGGUGCAUUGUCGUUUUCUGUGGCGUCCGUGGUGGAGGAUGUUCUUCAGCAGCAUGGGAUUCGAUCCAGACAUCUUGAUCUGGAGUCCCGCAGGGCAGAGGAAGCCGCAACAAGACGGUAUGAGGCAGCUGGGUGGCUAAGAAAGAUGGUUGGAGUUGUUGGAGCUAAAGAUUUGCCAGCCGAGCCUUCUGAGGAAGAGUUUAGGCUUGGUUUGAGAAGUGGUCUGAUUCUCUGCAAUGUACUUAAUAAAGUUCAACCUGGAGCUGUGCCAAAGGUUGUAGAGAGUCCUGAUUCUGCGCUUAUACCUGAUGGAGCAGCUUUAUCCGCAUAUCAAUAUUUUGAAAAUGUGAGAAACUUUCUUGUAGCGGUGCAAGAGAUGGGGCUUCCUACUUUUGAGGCAUCUGAUCUGGAACAAGGAGGGAAAUCUUCUAGGGUUGUGAAUUGCAUUCUGGCACUUAAAUCCUACAGUGACUGGAAGCAGUCAGGUGGGAAUGGGGUAUGGAAAUUUGGGGGAAAUUUAAAACCAGUGACAUCUGGAAAGCAAUUUUUGCACAAGAAUUCAGAUCCAUUCACAGGUUCCUUGUCAAGGAACUUGUCAAUGAGCGAAAAGUCAUUGAAUGCUCUAUCCUCUGACCUUGACUCUAAUAAUAAGUCUAGUUCUUUGAGUAUGCUUGUUCGUGCCGUUCUGUUAGAUAAGAAGCGUGAAGAAGUUCCAACACUGGUGGAGUCUGUGCUAAAUAAGGUUGUGGAGGAAUUUGAGCAUCGCAUUGCAUCUCAAAUUGACUUGAAGAAAACAACUUCACAAGAUGUUGUCAUUUCUCAUGGCAACAAAUAUCACUUGAAGCAUGGUUCUGCUAAUAUAAAGAUAGAAGAGAAAAAUUUGAUGCAGUUAAAGAAAGAGGAAUGCUUCCAUAAAGCCAAUAUCCCUGAUGAGGAAUCAAAAAGACAAACUCUCAAACAGCAGAUGAUAUUUGAACGACAGAACAGAGAGAUUACAGAGCUAAAACAAACUCUUCACAUUACAAAAGCUGGCAUGCAGUUCAUGCAAAUGAAGUUCCACGAAGAUCUCCACAAUCUUGGUGUGAAUGUUCAUGGUCUUGCACAUGCUGCUUCUGGAUAUCAUAAAGUCCUUGAGGAAAACCGCAAGCUAUAUAAUCAAGUGCAGGACCUUAAAGGAAGUAUUAGGGUUUACUGUCGAGUUAGGCCCUUCUUGGGUGGACAAUCAAACUAUUCAACUACUGUGGGUCAUAUAGAAGAGGGAACAAUUACUAUUGCUAUUCCAUCAAAGCACGGUAAAGGGCGUAGGAUGUUCAACUUCAACAAAGUUUUUGGGCCCUCUGCAACCCAAGCGGAGGUCUUUUCAGAUACACAGCCACUUAUUCGUUCUGUCCUUGAUGGGUACAAUGUAUGUAUAUUUGCAUAUGGUCAAACUGGAUCGGGAAAAACUUACACAAUGACUGGACCUAGGGAUCUUACAGAGCAACAACGAGGUGUAAAUUACAGGGCAUUGAGUGAUUUGUUUCUUCUAGCAGAACAAAGAAAGAACACCUUCCACUAUGAUGUCUCUGUGCAAAUGAUUGAGAUAUAUAAUGAGCAAGUUAGAGAUCUUCUUGUUACUGAUGGUCUUAACAAAAGAUUAGAGAUCCGCAACAGUUCUCAGACAGGACUCAAUGUACCAGAUGCAAGUCUUGUUCGAGUGUCGUCAACAUCGGAUGUGAUUGAUUUGAUGAACUUAGGACAUAGAAAUCGUGCAGUGGGUGCAACAGCCCUCAACGAUCGUAGUAGUCGCUCCCACAGUUGCUUGACUGUUCAUGUCCAAGGAAGGGACUUGACAACUGGAGCUGUACUUCGUGGCUGUAUGCAUUUGGUUGAUCUGGCCGGAAGUGAGAGGGUUGACAAAUCUGAAGUAACAGGAGAUAGACUAAAAGAGGCGCAACAUAUUAACAAAUCUCUUUCUGCUUUGGGUGAUGUGAUCUCUUCCCUCGCCCAAAAGAAUUCACAUGUCCCUUACAGGAACAGCAAACUGACACAAUUGCUCCAAGACUCACUUGGAGGACAGGCCAAGACACUAAUGUUUGUUCACAUAAGCCCUGAGCCUGAUUCUAUUGGAGAAACAUUGAGUACACUCAAAUUUGCUGAGCGUGUUGCCACUGUUGAACUUGGUGCUGCCCGAGUAAACAAAGAUGGUGCAGAUGUUAAAGAGCUCAAAGAGCAGAUUGCUAGUCUUAAAGCAGCCUUGGCAAGGAAAGAAGGGCAAUCGGAGCUCAUGCAGCAAAAAAUAGCUGGUAGUCCAUGUGGCAUAGUGUCCUCACCUUAUCAUCGUAGCCCACAAGGUGGAGAUAUAUUGGCUGAUCAGAAAAGCCGCAGGAAACCAAUGGGGGAUGUAGGCAACAUAGAGGAGGUACGGAACAACUCAGGAUUGAGGCAAAAGAGGCAAAGUUUCGAUCUUGAUGAGCUAUUAGGAAGUUCGUCUCCCUGGUCUCCUGUCACUAGUCCUGGUCAGAAUUAUGGGGAGGAUGAUAGAGAAACAGGCUUAGGUGAGUGGGUAGAUAAGGUCAUGGUGAACAAGCAAGAAGCUAAUGGAGUUCACAACCCUUUAGGACAUUGGGAAGCAGACAAUGGACACAUGUCUGAUGUAUUUGGUCAGAAAUAUCUCUCAGAUUCUUCCAAAUUAUACAUGGAACCAUCAUAUAAUAUAUUCACAGGAAGCAACCAGUUUGACAUUGCUACUAGUGAUGAUUUGGAUGAGCUUGAUGCUGGCACUAGUGACUCAUCGGAGCCUGAUUUGCUUUGGCAAUUCAAUCAUGCCAGACUUACCAACUUAACUAAUGGGAUGGGCUCAAAGAUUCAGAAACCGAAUCCAAAGCCAGCAAAGAGCCCAGAACUAAGCCGGAAUGUGAUUCCUAAAUUAGGCCCUUCACAAACACAUAAAUUGUCAAACGGCAUUGGCCCCAACUCUCAACGGAGUGGAAGGCAGGCAAUCCCUACUGAAGCUAAACGGAAAACUGGGAAUAGAAAAUAGAGGGUAGAUUGUAUGUAGCAGAAUUAUUAUUUUUAUUUUUUUAUAAUUUUUUAUUUCUAUAUCUGAUGGUGAGGUGAGUGUGUGAGAGGUGAGGUGUUCCUAUAAUAUAGUUUUUUUUUUUUAUUUUCUCUUGAAUUCAUUUUUUUGUUUAUAUAAAUGUCAAUGCAACCAUAACUCCAGUUGCUUGUAUUUGUUGUUGUCAAGCUUAAGAGAGGUACUCCAAUUCUUUGGAUUCCACAAUAUUUUCAUUCAUAUAUAAAAGUCUUCUGCAUCUUAUGAAGCAA